UAACUGAACUUAAUGUUGUCAAACUUGGUUCUGUGUACAGACACAUUCUUAUGAAUGCCACACCUCAUUGACAAUAAAGGGUAGACAUUUGAUACUUGCACCAUAGGUACACCCUGUGGAGUAGUUAAGAAUAAGAAAGAACUUUUUUAAUCCCAAAGGAAAUUAUUUUGCCAGUGUCGAAACAGUAACUGUAAACGGUUUUUUUUUGGUGUGUCUGUGUUUUUUUUUUUUUUUUAACAAUAAGAACAAGGAGUACAUGAUUAUCCAAAAUGACUAAAAGACACUUUCACAAAAUGUUUGACAGUAUUGUGUUUAAAGGAUUUUUAUUAUAAUUUUGAUAGUUAUACCUAACAAUUCUACUCCAAAAAAUAUAUGCAGGGUUGGGUAGGAUUACUUUGAAAUGUAAUCCAAAAGUAAUCAGAUUACAAGUAAUUCAAAUGUAUGUACCGUACAUACAUACAUGUAAUCCACAUGUAUUCUUUUAAAGUAAUCCUACAAAACACAUUCAUGGAGAGUUGACUGGAAGGCCAAAGUGUGGAAGAAAAAGCUUCUCAACCAACAGGGAUGACCUCAGUCUUGAGAAGAUUGUCAAGCAAAGCAGUUUUGUAAUCAGAUGCCCGUUUUCUAUUUUUUGGAGCUAUAAUCAAAAACAACAAAAAGCUUCAGAUGCUUUCGUUUAUAUGUAAUGAGUAAAAUACAUAAAAUGUUUGCUGUCUGAAAUACCUGACAAAAAUAUUGGAAUUUUUCACAAUUCUGUUCUCAGUUUUUGAGGUGCACUGUUAUGUAAGACAAAUCCAUAUGGUGAGAAAAAAGGUCUCCAAUCAAACAACACUCAAGAAAUAAAAAUUUAUGCCACUGCAACAGCCCUCAGCCUCAGCUUCACUAGUACAGAAAACAUCUUUCCUGGUAGCUCUUGUCAACACUGGAGAUGCCACUAAAAAAGAUGUCAAAAGCAGUCCGGACAAAGCUAAACAGCUUAUCAAACUGCAUGAUCUUUGGAAUUUAGUGCAGUAUAGUAUAGUAGAAAAACCAAACCAAGACAAUGUCUAACAUCAACACUGAGUCCAUUUUCUGUGGAAGAGAAUGAUUUAAAGUCACUUUGGAAACACUUAAAUGCAGCAAGUAAAUAUAUUUGUGAGAUUUUAUGACAUAUCUUAUAGUCGUCUCUGCCACCUGCUGGGUGAUAAUGGAUGCUGGAUUGGUGGAUUAGUAGCAGGUGUGGUUGUCAUUGAAAGAGCAAAACAGAUUCUACAAGGAAAUAUACUAAAUCUGAAAAAUAAACUGCUACUUCAUGAUUGUUUCACUGUAGUUAUGUUCUAAAAUUUAAAUAAUAGGGUCGCACUACCACAAAACCGAGCGAGAAUGUAGCUGAAGUAGCCUUUCUGUGUCUCUCUUAAUACUUAAUAUAUGGUUUUCAAUUACAUGUAGCUUAAAAUUAGCUUGUCAGUUUCUUUUAUUUCCAAAGUCUUGUUCUGGUGACCACCAAGACCACCACUGUUUGUUUAUUAAUAUAUCAUUUUAUACAUGUAUGAGAUUGAUAUAUGUUGACGACUAAAUCAUUUGACAAAGAUGCUACCUGAACCAAUGUACUGCUGGAGAGUCGCCCCUCAAUCAGUUCUUCUCAGUGCUUCAAACUGGAAUUACUUCAUUGGGCUUGUUCCCGACAGAAUUUGUAUUUUAACAUUUCUGGUGAGGCUGCGUUAACAUAAUAUCUCUUUCAGAUGCUAUAAAAGCUAGCCAGUAAGGGCAAAGUUAAGCACCUUGACACUUGCACAAAUUUUGGCCCCACACUGCAGCACAAUUCUUCACGUCAAUGCAUGUCAUUAGAUGGUGCGCACCUUGACACGUGCACAGAUUUGAUCCCUGCACUGGCAUGGAAUCUUGUAUGCCAUUGAGUAAACUUGUUGCAAACUAUGCAUAAACCGUGCAUGGAAUAACACGCAUUGACACUGCUAGUUCAGGCAAGUGGCACGAAAUUUAUGCAUGCCAAAAAUUUUGAAGAUUUCAAAAUCUUUGCACAUUGGCAUGCAGCCGUGCACAGUUCACGGAGACUUUACAGCAGUUUCCGACAAGUUCACUCAUUGGCACGCUAAAUUACGUGCCAGUGCGGCAGUCAGAUUUGUGCAAGUGUCAAGGCACUUUAAGGGUACAGCAGUCUGGCAUUUGACCUCAGCAACCUUGACCUUCAGUCAAAUGAUUACCCUCGAGCUGAUCUUGCCAGGGCAAUUCUGAUUCUGCCUAAGUGUGCCCUAUAUUUGGUCCAAAUGGAGUAGGAAAUCCAAUUCCUUGAACUUUCCCAAAAUUAAUACUUUAAGGGCAAUUUUGGGGUAAACCUUCAUUGGGGGAGUUGGCCGACCAACGGGCAGACAUGACCUUGAAAAAAACAAAAAAAUAAUGUUAUGAACUAGCUAUCAUUAUUUCAAAUAACCGUUUAUCUUCCUGAACAUUAAAAAGUACAAAGUUUCUGGUUUUGCUUUUGUUCCUAGUGAUACAUCGCUUCUGCAUUCCGUUAAUUUUACCGGUUCAAAGCCUUGGAUCUUGGCGCUUGAAAAUAGGUUUGGAUUUCUCUUCCCUCCCAAAGAUCUAGAUAUUUUAUUUUCAAAGCACUGAUUGUUUUCUGCUUUUCUUAAGAUUUGCUGAGCCUGUUUUCCUGCAGUUUGAGCUCUGUGACGCCUUGCUGUCAGCUGGGGAACAUGGAUUUGAUGACAUCAGGGUGAAAGUAUUUUUUGGCAGUAGUUGCUUAAACAGGGUGGACGUUAUGGAGUGUGUUUUGCUGCGCUGAGCUCGACUUGAAGAAUGAUAUCUCACUCGACGAUUGCAAAACCAUGUAGGAAAACUGCACUCAGAAGAAGGACGACCAGCCCCGAAGAAUCCGGAUGGCUCAUAAUUUCUCAUCUGCGAUGAUCAUGCUCCACGCGUGUGCAGCGUUCUGGUGGGUCUCGGUCGUCUUCUCCCAGGCUAUUUAUCCCUCAUUCAGGAAAGGACGAAACAUUACAAUCCAGUCCUCCCAGCUCGUCUGCAGUCUGCCGGGCCCAGCAGGGCCUGCUGGGAACCCCGGAGUCCCUGGGUCUCCGGGUGCCAUGGGGCCCAUGGGGGUCCCUGGGAGGGAUGGCCCCGAUGGAAAGGAUGGAGAGAAAGGGGAAAAAGGAGAUAAUGGCGAUUCAGGGAGGCCUGGGAACCCAGGCAAGCCGGGGGUGAAAGGUCGAGAAGGUUUCAUUGGCAAAGCUGGUCCUAGAGGACUGAAGGGACUACGUGGCCCACCGGGAGUGGCUGGAAAACGGGGGGAAAAGGGAGAUGUGGGUGACGUGGGUCAGCAAGGAGCUCCAGGAGGCUGUAACUGUGGCAAGCAAGCACGUUCAGCUUUUUCUGUGGCAGUCACUAAGAGUUACCCUAAAGAGAAGAUGCCCAUCCGCUUCAGUCGAGUCCUUCUGAAUGAAGGGAAUCACUACAACGUGAGCAGUGGAAAGUUUGUCUGUGCUAUCCCUGGGGUCUAUUAUUUUACCUAUGACAUCACACUGGCCAAUAAGCACCUGGCCAUUGGACUGGUCCACAAUGGACAGUACAAGAUCAGGACAUUUGACGCAAAUACUGGGAACCACGAUGUGGCAUCUGGUUCCACUGUUCUUCACCUGCAGAAGUCAGACAAUGUUUGGCUGCAGAUCUUCUACUCAGAGCAGAAUGGACUCUUCUUUGACCCCUUUUGGACAGAUAGUACAUUCACUGGAUUUCUUAUCUACCCUGACCAGGACUAUCUCAGUGAGUCUGAUAGAAAAGCCAGUGCUGGGGAUGACAGCUGAUCCCUUAAUUCUGAACUAUGUUUACUCACAUUUGACCAAAUUUCCUGUUGUACAUGUAAGAAAAUUGCUGUGCAAUAAUUUGCCAAGAGCAGUACACAGUUUCAGACAGCAGGUGGCACAAUAGAAUUGAACUCAUACAGACACAAGGACAGUUCAUCAAAGCUGAUGUUUGGAACUUUUGUACUCUGGCUGCAGUAUUUUUGUGGUGCCAAACAAAUACAACUGACAAGAAUU